AGGGAUUCAUCCUUCACAUGGAACUGUCAAAACACUCCACCCAAGUCAACAGCAAGAAAAGGAAUUUGGGGUCAAAAAGCCUGCGUGGGUCAUGAAGUGUUGACAGCAGGGGCAAAUCCAGGAUCAUGGGCUAAUGGCAACAAAUUUUCUAUUUCUUUUUAUGAAAUAUUGUGGUCUUAA